AUGCCUUUGAGAAAUUACUUUGAUAUGCCACCUCAAUCUGGUUCUCAUGGAUUCCCAUUCAAAAGGAGCAAUAGUCAGAGUGAUUGCAAUUCAGUUAUCUUCCAUAGAGAUGUCCACUGUGAUGGUUGUGGGGUUUAUCCAAUAACCGGCAUUAGGUUCAAGUCUAAAGUGAAAGAGAACUACGACCUGUGCAGCAUUUGCUUUGCAAAACUGGGAAAUGACAUUGACUACAUCAGUAUUGACCGUCCAGUGGUUUAUCGGCACUCUUCUUUAAGCAGGCCUCGUCACUCUCUAUAUCUGGCUUAUGUGAUAUUCUCAAUUGCAGCAUCAGCUUCCUCCAAAAAUGAGCAAUCUCGGUGCGAGACGGAGACACCGACGAUGUCUUCGUAUUGGAGAAUCGGCAUGAAGAAGGUGACUGGUGGAAGACGGAGGUUGCGCUCCUCCACUGUGAGCUCCGCUUCGGCGGCGGAGGGCUGCCAAAGCGGGGUGAGAUCUGUGUAUGCAACUGCUGAUCUUCUUAAAGCUCCAUUUUCUGCACCAUCAGGGAGUCUCUUUUUCAGGGCUGCUGCUGAUUUUUCAGCCAUUUUCGACACCAUCUGA